CUUGGUCGGGGCGCGGAUCCCGAGAGGGAAAGUCAUAACAACCGCACGAGGGAGUUGGUCUGGCGAGCUGGAAGGCCACGCCUCCUCCCGCCUCCCCCCGCAGCCCUGUAGCUGGGGGCAGAGCUCAGACUGUCUUCUGAAGAUUGAUGUUAUUACCUUGAGCUCUUUAAUUUUGUUGCCAAUUUGGAUAAGCAUGGCACAAAUCCUGCAGGGAGGUCCAGAUGAAAAAGAAAAGACUACAGCACUGAAAGAUUUAUUAUCCAGGAUAGAUUUGGAUGAACUAAUGAAAAAAGAUGAACCACCUCUUGAUUUUCCUGAUACCCUGGAAGGAUUUGAAUAUGCUUUUAAUGAAAAGGGGCAGUUAAGGCACAUAAAAACUGGGGAACCAUUUGUUUUUAACUACCGGGAAGACUUGCACAGAUGGAACCAGAAAAGAUAUGAAGCUCUAGGAGAGAUCAUCACGAAGUAUGUAUAUGAGCUCCUGGAAAAGGAUUGUAAUUUGAGAAAAAUUUCCAUUCCAGUAGAUGCCACUGAAAGUGAACCAAAGAGUUUUAUCUUUAUGAGUGAGGAUGCUUUGACAAAUCCACAGAAACUGAUGGUUUUAAUUCAUGGUAGUGGUGUUGUCAGGGCAGGUCAGUGGGCUAGAAGGCUUAUUAUAAAUGAAGACCUGGACAGUGGCACACAGAUACCUUUUAUUAAAAGAGCUAUGGAUGAAGGAUAUGGAGUGAUAGUACUGAAUCCCAAUGAAAACUAUAUUGAAGUGGAAAAGCCGAAGAUACACAUACAGACAUCUUCUGACAGUUCAGAUGAACCUGCAGAAAAGCGGGAAAGAAAAGAUAAAGUCUCUAAAGAAACAAAGAAGCGACGUGAUUUCUAUGAAAAGUAUCGUAACCCCCAAAGAGAAAAAGAAAUGAUGCAGUUGUAUAUAAGAGAAAAUGGAUCUCCUGAAGAACAUGCAAUUUAUGUGUGGGACCAUUUCAUUGCCCAAUCUGCAGCUGAAAAUGUAUUUUUUGUUGCUCACAGCUAUGGAGGACUUGCUUUUGUUGAACUAAUGAUUCAACGAGAAGCAGAUGUAAAAAGUAAGGUAACUGCUGUGGCGUUGACAGACUCUGUUCACAAUGUGUGGCAUCAAGAAGCUGGCAAAACUAUUCGAGAAUGGAUGAGAGAGAACUGUUGUAAUUGGGUCUCCAGCUCAGAACCAUUAGAUACAUCAGUGGAAUCCAUGCUGCCCGACUGUCCCCGAGUCUCAGCAGGUACCGACCGUCACGAGCUAACUUCCUGGAAGAGCUUCCCGUCUAUUUUCAAAUUCUUUACCGAAGCCUCAGAGGCCAAGACCAGCUCCCUCAAGCCGGCGCUGAUGCGGCGCUCCCACAGAAUAAAGCACGAAGAGCUGUAAGAGGAGAGAGAGGAGACGGGGGAGGGGAGCAAAGGAACCACACUCGAACACGCGUCCACACGUCUCCUAACUGCUUGUUGUCGGCGAGCAGACUCCCAGCCCCUCAUUAGAUUGUUUUCUUCCUAGAGCACAGGGUCGUGAUAUAUACAUCUAAAUAGCGUUUUGCAUUAUUUCUAGAUGAGUGCAACUGUCAAAGCAAUAUGGGUUCACUGGUCGUGCUUCCUGCGGGCUGAGCCCGGCUUCGUGCUGCCCGUCAGCGCGCAGAUUAAGGCUGACAGCGCCCUGCCCUGCGCGGCCGGCGCGGCUCUAAUUGCCCUGACGGAGCCCGCGCAGCGCUGCGGGGGCGAGCGGCGUCUGCGCGGUCCUAUCGCCCGCUGCAGCGCAGCCGCCGCUCCCCACCCCUCCCCCCAAUCAUGUCCAUUUCUUUUCUCCGAACAGAAGCAAACUUGUAUUCUGGACUUCAAACUUUCAUUUUAGGUAGCUUCUUGCCUGAGGCCGUCUUAUGCCUCUUUUUUUUUUUUAAGCCCCCCCUCCCCAAUCCAAAUUUAAAUUCAGAACAUGCCAUGAUAUUCUCUGUAGUUAAGAGAGUGCAGAUUGUCUUCUCCCUAACUGCAUUUUUAUUUCGUGACUGGAAGAAAAACUUUGUAUAAAAAUCUAAAAAAGGGCUGUAUCCACAACUACUGCAGAACAUCUUUGACAGUUGAAUAUGAGAUUUUUUACAUACGUCUCUGAUUUCAAAAAAGGUGGUUUAAAACCAGAACGUCAUGACGAACAAAUCUUUAAUGUGUGAAAGGUCCCAUUUGCAAUGGAAUUUCUAACUUUAUUGUUAGAAUUGACUUACUUUUAAAAUACGUAACGUGUAUUGAGCAGCAUUGUAACUUAGAUAUCAAAUGUUUUGCUUUGUAAAUCUUAAUUUAGAGAAAGUUUGUUUUUGUUCAUCCUAACUAGAAUGAUCUACUUUGAGUUAGACCCUCUAGAGAUAGAAUUUUUAUUUGUCAUCAGGAAAAUAAACCUGUGUGCUCGAGCCUUUUCCUUCUGGAACGCCAGCUAGGGCUAAAAUUUUUAGUUUUCAAGGAAGAGACCUGAUGUGAAAGAUUUUCUCCUCUCAGUCCAAUGGUUUAGUUUUUAGUAGUCUGCAUCCACUAUAAGGAUUUGCCCUACAGUUUCAACAAUUGAAUAUUUUAUCCAGCUAACAUCUGGUCAACACUGUGAAUCAGAUCUGAGAGGUAAAAUAAGUUAGAUUAUGCUGACUUUGAAAUUCAAGUAUUAAACAAUAUCAAUCUUAAUUACUUGAAGAAUUUAAUUACCUAGGGAUGAUUCUGUUUCUGAUAGAUGAGGAUCUGAAUUUAAUAUUUUUUCACCCUUUUUUAAAGUGUGUGCAACAAUUAAUAUAUCUGCCUUACUUGAGGACAUGAUAAAAUGUAUCUAAAAUGGCUUAGACCAACUGUCUCUUCAGAAAAAUAACUUCAAAUAGCCACCUCCUAGAUAGCUGUUUUUAUUAUUAACCCAUUUCAGCACGUUUUCAAACUGAUAAUAUCAUAUUUGUGUUUGGUAUACAGGUACAUUAAUUAGUUCUUACAGUUUUAAUGAUGGCAAAUUAAAUCGACCUUUUUUCAGUGGUCAUAUUUGCAUCUUUUGAUGUUAUUGUAGCAGAACCAACUUAAGAAUUAAAACAUCAUCUUCUCCAGCUCCUGGAUAGAUUAAACUGUAUUAUCCCAGCCAUGUCAAGAACGCUUGUCUGCAGUCUUUCCUAUUUUAGAAAUGUCGAACUGUGUGAAAUAAUGGUACCUUCCUUUGAGAGGAUUUUUGAGAAUUGAUGUGGUUGGAAUAUAUUUCUCCAAGUACUAUAAAUUAAGUGGUAUUUCCAGUACAUGAGAAGUUUUGCAGAAAACUAAUUUUAUUGUAAUUUUUUAAUCAACAUUGGUGCAGUGCUAAAUUUAUGAAGCUUCUGCAGCUAAAUUAGAGCAAAGUAAAUAUGCUCAGCUUAUACAUCAGAUCACUUCUUUUCUCUUCAGUUUUAUCGCCUCUUUUUAAAAAACCUUUAUAAUUCAAGUAAGUCGUCGUUUAAUUGCCUGUAAUACUUUUCAGCUACCUUGGUUUAGGCCUUGUUUAACUAUCUAUAGAGAGCUAUUUGCAAACUUAAGUUGUGUAAAUGUAAUUUCUACUUGUGGAUCUGAGCUGUUGCAACCUGGAGAGAUCUAGGCUAACCAUUCCAGACCUCCAGCUGUUAACUGAUAAGAUUCCUUGUAAAGUAAGAUUUUUUAACCUGUUGAUUAUGGGUCUGUUGGUGUAAAUGUAAUAAUAUCAUACACCUCAAUUUUCCUGGAGUAACAACAAGCAGUUGGUAGUAGCCCGCCUGCUUGGAGGCGACAAGUGUUAAUAAUAUUUCUGCUCUGAUCUCCCUGUUUGGUUUAUAGAGACAGGAGUUUUUGGAGUCUAUUAGGGUGUGUGGGGUUUUUUUUUGUUGUUUUUGUUUUUGUUUUUUAAUUAUAUACUCAGAUCUUAGCCAAGUGAAAUGGGAAGCAAAGGGUUAUUGAUAAAUCAAAGACUCAAAAGAGGCGUUAAAACUUAAAAAUCAGAUAUUGACUUUGGAGCUUUCUAAAGAUGCCUAACCAGUCCUUGUAAGUUUUCACGGAUAAUUGAAGGGGUUGGGGGAAUCUACUUGUAAUAAUUGUUAUUUUCUCAAGUUUCUCCUUUGUGCUUCAACGUGGACUAUGUUGCUGUUUAUACAAAGGAAGAAAAAAAAUAAAGCACAGGAGUUUCCUAUCUAUUAUAUAUUUCUGUUUACCAUUUUAAAAUAAAAACAAUUUUCCCAACAAGCAUUGGUGUAUUAUUCUUGCUCAGUUUAUUUAUUCAUCAACUGUAUAGAGAUUAAUAAUAACAGAAACUUCAAAAAGAGUGAUGGAAACAACAUCCAUCAAUAUAUUAUACCUAUUGGUACUUCACUGUUAUUGCUGUAAGGUAAUAAACUGUCUUCAUUUGAGUCAUUAUUUGGCUUGGACCUUUC